AUGAGCAAGCGCAGCGCGAGGCGCCGGGCCGCGGCCAGGCAGCAGGAUCAGCAGGCACGCAAUAAUCAAUCCCCAACCAGGAACGGCUCGCCCACCCCCAGCCCCGCCGGCACGGGCCGCGCCUCGCCGCGCAAAGCACGGCCGCCCCCUGCGCAUGCUGGGAGCCCGCACGGCGGCGCGGCGGCCGCCGCACCACCGAAUAAGGGCAGCGCCGCACCGCAGCUGCCGGAAAGCGGCGCGGCGCCGCCGCCGCGCGAAGCUGGCUCCGCACAGCGGUCGUUCAUAGCUGUCACAGCGCCGACGCUGCCUAUCCCGCGCGAAGCGGCUGCGCUUCCAAUCGCGGACGGCGCGAGCUCACAGACAGGCAGGGUCAGCGACGCCCCGCCGCCCUCCUCGGGCGCCGCGCCGCUGCCUUCGCCUGCGGGCGUCCAGGCGCCGGCGCCGCUCGAGGGCGCCGCGGCCCCGCCGCCGCCCGAAGGCGGCGAGGUGCCGCAGCGCUCGUCUGGCGGCGCGGGGCCGGGGUCGGGGCUGGCGCUGCUUUCUGGCGGCCACAAAGUAUCGGACCUGGUGGACCGCUUUGAAAUAGAGCCUGGCAGCGGAGGCGCCAGACCCCCGCCCCCAGCCUCGGACGGCUGCCUACACACCCACGCAGCGCCAGCGGCCGCGACCACCUGCGACGCGGCUGCUGAAGGGCCGAUGGAGCCGCAGCAGCAGCAGCAGCAGCAGCAGCAGCAGCAGCAGCAGCGCGCGGCGUCUCCGCCGCUGCCGCGGCUGCGUUCAACGCUGCCAGGCGCGGCCCAACCACCGAGCGAUGCCGGCCGAAUCGAGACUGCUACGGCCAACGCUGGCGCCGCCACCGACAGCCAGGACGCAUCCGAGGGACCGGGCGCGGGAGCGGGCGUUGCGGCAGCCGUCGGCGGCCCAGCCGUGGCGGCGGCGGACGGCGCGCCGGCGGCGCCAGCGGGCGCGUCGCAGGGGGCGCCUGCGCCGAAGUAUGCUGUGAAAGUGAUCCCGACCAUCAGCACCAG